CUCUGCUCUGGGAGUGUUUCCCAUUUAAACAAACACGGUCCAGCCGAAGAUGGCGGAGAGUUUGUAGAGGCGUAAAGAAACUGCUCUACCUAUGAAAGCGACAAAGCCGGAGAUGUCCAGACAUUGGGAAUGAAUGGAGCUGGACGAGGGGUUGUUCUGGCCAAGGUCUUGAUAUGUGCUUGAGAUGAGUGGAGUUUCUGACAACUCUUUGGAGCCACUGUGCUCUGACCGCAAACGAAGACAUUCCACCUGUGACCCACAGGGACUAGGCAGGUGUGACAAGCGUCGAAGGGAACAGGAGAGCAAGUACAUAGAAGAACUGGCUGAGCUCAUUUCUGCAAACCUCUCGAACAUCGACAGCUUCAACGUCAAACCUGACAAAUGUGCCAUCCUUAAGGAAACUGUCAGGCAGAUCAGACAAAUCAAAGAGCAAGGAAAAAGCUCCUGUAGUGAUGAUGAUGUCCAGAAAGCAGAUGUUUCUUCUACUGGUCAAGGGGUCAUUGACAAGGACCAUCUGGGCCCAUUACUUUUACAGGCAUUGGAUGGCUUUCUGUUUGUGGUAAAUCGUGAGGGCAGCAUUGUAUUUGUGUCAGAUAAUGUAACACAGUAUCUACAGUACAAGCAAGAGGAGCUAAUUAAUACUAGUGUUUACAAUAUAAUCCAUGAAGAUGACCGGGAAGAGUUUCACAAGAACCUCCCUAAAGCCAAUGCACCAAAUGGGGCACCAUGGGGUGGAGAGACACUUCGGCAGAGAAGUCACACUUUUAACUGCCGUAUGCUCCUGAACUGGCCUCAAGAAGAGAGACCUGGGGGCCAGCAUUAUGAAACUAUGCAGUGUUUUGCUCUCACUCAACCACGAGCUAUGAUGGAGGAAGGUGAAGAUUUUCAUUCAUGUAUGAUUUGUGUGGCGAGGCGCAUUACUGCUGUUGAGAGGACGGAGAGAUUUAGUACUCGUCAUGAACUAUCUGGCAAAUUAAUUGAGAUAGAACAGCAAGCAUCCCUUCACACAACAAUGCGGCCAGGGUGGGAGGACUUGGUGAGGCGCUGCAUGCAGAUGUUUCUGCAUCGCAGUGAGGGCCAACCUUUCUCUUACAAACGGCAUUAUCAAGAUGCUUUGCUUAAUGGCCACGCAGAGACACCCCUAUACCGCUUUUCCCUCUCUGAUGGCACCCCAGUCACAGCCAAAACCAGGAGUGACCUCUGCCGGAAUCCAAACUCCAAUGAGCCACCCACGUUUCUCUCAACACACUUACUGCAAAGAGAGCCAAGUGGUUAUCGGGGAAAUCCAGGUGGGGCCAUGAGGCCUCCAAACAUUGGUGUGAAUAAUCAGAAUCAACAAAUUGGUGCAGGCAUGAACAGGGGGUAUGGAAUGACAGAGCACAGGGGACUGCCCCCUUACACUGCAGGCAACCGAAUGAAUCUCAUGAAUCAGAUGCAUCAGAUGAACAAUAUGGGCCAAAUGAAUUCUAUGCAUCAGAUGAACACACCCAUGAACUCUAUAAACCACGGGCACCACGGCAUGCACCAACAAAUGGGUCCAUUUCACAGUGGCAAUGCAGGUUCUGGUGGUGGAGGAUAUGGAAUGGGAAUGACCAGCCCCCCUCAGGCCAGUACAGGGAUGAAUGGUCCUCCUCACAAUGUCAUGGGGUCACCCAGAGUCCGAGGAAGCCCAAAAAUGGGAGCUAGUCCUUUUUCUCCAAGUGGUAUGAACUCACCUAUGCAUCCAGCUAGUUCAGGGGCCACAUUCUCCAGUAGUUCUCUAAAUGCUCUCCAAGCCAUAAGUGAGGGUGUGGGCAACCCAAUGUCCUCCCCCCUCACAUCCCCCCCUCCACAUAAACCAGACAGUUCACCAAGUAUUAACUCAACCAACCAGGCAUCUGGUGGCCCCUGUAAGCCUGGUCCAUUUCCCCACUCUGACAUGAAGAGCCCGAAUGGUUCUCUGGCUCCAAGUGCAGAGCAGUCACAGCAGCAUACACCCACUGGUGAUGGUCCUCCAGAUAACCCAGACAGCCAAGCCCAGCCUGGAGCAGAUGCUCUCCGAAGAGUCCCUGACAACAAUAAGUGUCACAAGAAGCUUCUGCAGCUCCUCACAUCGCCCACUGAUGAACUGGUGCCUUCAGGUCAGACGCUGGGCACUGGGCCUAGCUCCACGGCCGAUAAUAAAGAUGGGACAGCCAGCGUUACCAGUCCCUCAUCCUCAACAGGAGUGUCUUCCUCUACUGGGUCUGUGUCUUCCACUGCAGGACAUUUGUCAAGUCAGUCUUUGCAGGAGAAACACAAGAUACUGCACAAGCUUCUACAGAAUGGGAACACCCCAGACGAAGUCGCAAGGAUCACAGCAGAGGCUACUGGGAAGAGCAGCUUAGAAACCGGAGGAUCUGAGAUUGGCCCACCUGCAGCCGGGACUGUUUGUGGAUCAGAGUCUAAAACAGAACAGCUCAGUCCUAAGAAGGAAAAGCCCCAUGCACUCCUGCACUACCUUCUCAAUAAGGAUGACUCAAACAGUGGGGACAGUGGGGACAUCAAGCCAAAGCUGGAAGAGCUACAAGGAAGGGUCCCGAAGGGACCAGGUGUUGCCAGUUCUGAACCCUGCUCCUUGAACAGCAAGGUGAAAUUGGAGCCUUCAGAUGAGUCGGAGACCCUUGAAACGAUUCUUGGAGUUCCUCGAACUAAUUCUGGCUUCUUCUCUGAGCCUGACUCAAGAACAGGAAAAGAUGUUGGAAACCAACAAGGAAACAUGGCUGAUGAUUUACAUGAUGGUGAGCGAGUCUCCAUGCCUAUAGGCCAGCGCACUGCCUAUCAAAGGGCUUUAUCUGUUGAUGCUAAGCCCAUAGGUGGAGAUGUUUCUGUUGGUGGAAUAGCUGGUAGAAGAAAUGUCCAAUGUCCCACUCUUUUGAAUCAAGACUCCAUGGACUCUCCACUUCGACCUGCGGGAGUGCCUAAUGGCUUUCCAGGAAAUAUGGGUCUGCGUCCACCACAAAGCAAUCCAAGAGGUAUGGGGAGAGGGAUGGGAAUGGCACUACGAUCUGGGGUGACUGGACCAGGGGACUGGAGUAUGCCGAGAUCCACUGCAAAUCCUACAAGUGGCCCGGUACACACUGGCAUGGGUCGUUCUGGCCCAAUUGGGGGCCCAAUGAUCAAUCGUUCAAACAGUGUACCUGGAACCAAAAGAUCUUCUAUGCUUCAGCAGCAGCUCAUGGAGAUGGGUCCCAAUGAAUCCAAUUUGGGCAUGAAUCUGUUUGGUAGCCACACACCACAGUCUCCAUCAUGGCCUGAUUCUUCAAUGGGAAUGGAUAGACCACAGAGCCGUACAAACAGAGACCAAUUUGGUCUUACUUUAGAUGAGCUGCUCGGACCACUGGCUGCAAGUGAUGGUCCAAAUGAUGAACGAGCUCUUAUGGAUCAGCUGGACUCCCUGCUCAACACAGCUGAUGUCAUGGCUCUGCAAGAAAUAGAUCGAGCAUUGGGGAUCCCUGAAAUAGUAGGCCAGUCUCACAGCGGUGAGGAGGCCCAGCAAGGCCAAGAUCAAAACCAGACUCAGUGCCCACCAUCAGAGCCUUUCGUCCCACCAGACUCUUCCAUAGGAAUGGACCAAAAACCAGUAUACAACCAGGGCUACCCUGGCCCCCCUGGACCAUCCUCCAUGAGCAUGCAGACCAGCUACCGGCCCAAUACAAUGCAGGGCCAGUCACCUGGAGGGUUCAACCCAAUGAACCAAAUGAACCACACAGGAGGCUUUCCAGGCAUGAGCGGGAUGGGUAAUGUGGGAAAUCCUCGGCUAAACAUGAUGAGACCACGCAUGAUUAAUGCCACCAAACCUUUGAGAUUUCACCUGCAACAAAGGCUGCAAGGACAGCAGUUUAUGAACCAGGCUAGGCAAGGCAUGAAGAUGGACAAUGCCCCUGGAGGGCUGACCGCCAUGCGCCCAGGUAUGCAGUCUGGUAUGGCACCUGGAGGCAUGAGUAAUCAGUCGGGAUUUCUGAAUGCUCAAAUGAUGGCCCAGCGCAGCAGAGAGAUGAUGACCCUGCAGAUGAAGAGGCAGAGGAUGAUGAUGUUAAUUCAACAACAACAACAGCAGCAGCAGCAGCAGCAGCAGCAGCAGCAGCAAACCCAGGGGCCAGCAGGGGGCUUUAGUCCACCACCAAAUGUCACUGCACCAGCAGGAAUGGACAACCCCAUGGGAGGCCCACCCAUAAACCAACCAGGGCAGCAGGGCUUCAACUAUGGAGGCAACUAUGGUAUGAAUCAACAAGGAGACCCAUCAUUCAUGACUCCAGGAACUGGCUCAACAGGAAACCUAAUGCCAGGGCGAAUGUCUGGCCCUGCACAAAACAACAUGAUGGCUGGAAUGCAAGGAAACCCCCAGGGUGGGCCCAUCUACCCUUCUGUAGACAUGAAGAGCUGGCAACAAGGUGGCAUGCCACGUAACAACUCAUACCAACAGCAGCAGUUUCCACAACAGAGUAAUCAGGGCCAGUUUGGACCCAUGAUGAUGAACAAUACCUCUAUGGGUGGACCUGGACCCGUUAGCAGUGCUGCUGGGGGCCAAAUGGGCCAGAUGCCGGGCCAGAUGCCGGGCCAGAUGCCAGGCCAGAUGCCAGGCCAGAUGCCAGGCCAAAUGCAAGGUCAAAUGGGCAUGAAUCCAAUGGGAAUGUCUAGAAUGCCAAUGGGACCUGAGCAGAAAUACUGUUGAGGGCCUUUGAUGAUGGAAAAUAGACCUACAGCCAGAUAUUGUGGAGCUCAACAAGUUGUCCAGGGAAUGCUUGUUGAAUGUGUAUUGAUAUUCACAGCUAUAUGUGCAGUAAUCAUUUUAAAAUUGAGAUCCGAUGCACAAUUAGAUUUCAGAUUUGGACUAUGGUACAUGCGUCUAUGGCAGCACUUUACUUAAAGGCUUCAGAUCAGAGCUCGGGAUCGAGUGUAAAAAAACAACAUUAGAAAUGAAUUAGAAACAUUUGCCAUGUUUUAGCAGCAAUGCAAAACGUACAUAGACACUGGCCCAAACAUGUAAAACAAAAAAGAAGCUAAAGAAGAGCCUUGGAACAACCUAAUAUGCUGCUGGGACAGCCUAUAGUUUCAGAAUACUUUUGAACAAACUCUAUUUUUUUAAUUUAGCAUCUUAACAUUGCCAUUGGUUUAACAGUAGGUUGAAAUUCUGAUGAUGUGUGACGACACAAUCCCGAGCUCUAUAGGAAAAAAGAUUGUUACAAUUUUUUUUUCAACACAGCCUUACUUGAGAUUCAAUGCCUUUGCAACAAUAGGUUCUUUUUACUUCCCUUUUGAUUUUGGGUAAGUCUAUGUUAAAUGUCAUUGGAUGCUAUAAGCACACUGUGUAUGGCUUUAAGCAGAAUGGAGCAAUAACUCUUGCCUCUAUGCUUUAGAUUUAACAGAGCCUUGUUUAAAGCAAACUAAUGGUACUGCAGUAUUAAAUGUUUCAUUUUUUCAGUGAAUAUACUUGUAAAUAUUCUACAGAAUAUAUCAUACAUUCUUUUUAAAUACCUUCUAUUGCACAUGUAUGAGACCUGGAUGUAUUUGUCUCUCGUAGGUCAUUCUUUUAUGGUUUUAUUUGUUACGCCUUUGCAGUUAUUGCAAGUGUGUCUGGGAUUUUUUAUUAUUGUUUGACAAUUUUCUGAAUGCUGUAUUUUUAUUAUUUUGCAUAAAGUCAUGUAUUACAUGUUUAGAAAGGCACUUUUACUCUUAAUGAGUAUCUGAUAAGUUAAAGUUUUGAUCUUUUACACCAUCAGACAGUUAAUGUAUUUUUUUCAAUGUGGUGGCAAGGGCUGCAAUGUCUUGGCAACUCCAUCUGUGUGUUUUUGUGUGUUACGUUAUGUCGUUAGUUCACCAACAGGCCUUGAACAUAUUUUUCCUAUAUUCAUCUGGUUUGUCUAUUACUAUUGAUUGUUUUUAUAUUACUGUUGACUUGGAACAGUUUCAGGACUGACUCUACCUUUCAACAUGCUCAAUCCAAAGAUCUUUCUCCACAUGUUUGUAUAGUUUCUGGGCUCUGGUGUACUUUUUAUAGACAUAUUACAUUAUGCUUAUUGAGGAUGGUUGUGCAGUUUUAUUAGUCUGGCUGGUUUGAAAUAUUCUUUGAGACACACACACAACAAAAUUCUGAGAAAAUAUUUGCAGCAAGUGAAUAUCAGUGGAAUAUAAUUAACAGAAUCUUUUUUUUUUUGGAGGAGACAUAAGCUGUUUUACUAGAUGUAUAUUACAGAUUUCCUUGUUGAUAAUGGUGUAAAUACAAAUUUCUAUUUAAAUACUA